CAUAUCCAUCAUAUCGAUGCUCGAGGGACAUGGAUAUCACAAUUCAGAGAGGCAAUUAUCUUCCAGAGUUUGAACAGUGUACUGACUGCUGCCAAUAUUUCCACUGUCCCUUCUGCUCCCCCAAAUGGUUCCUGCCCAACACAAAGUCAAAAGUUUUGAUACAUCUAAAGAAGCACUUCAAUAGAUCAGUAGCCCAUGGAGGUUACACCAUACACCGGUGUUGUCGCCUCUGUCGAGACUUGCCACACUAUCACUGUCCUUACUGUAACUCCACUCUCCUGAGAAGAAAGGACUUUAAGAGGCAUUUGGAAAUGGAUAUAACCAUUCAAAGAGGCGAUACUCUUCCAGAAGUGAAGCGAUGUACUGAUUGCUGCAGUAAUUUUCACUGUCCUUUUUGCGCCCCAAAAUGGUACCGGCCCACUGGAAAGUCCAAGAUAGAAUUACAUCUAAAGAUACACUUUAAUCGUGCAGUGCGUUUUGCAGGUUACACCAUACACAGGUGUCGACGCACUUGCCGAAAAACAUCACACUAUCACUGUCCUUACUGUAAAUCCACACUCCUGAGAACACUGGACUUUACAAGACACUUGCAAUUGUGCAGAGGUAAAGAUGCAGCAGAGACUGCUGCUCAGUUCUUAACUGCUGAAGACACAACUGAGCCCGGUAAUGCCACACCAGUCAGCAACAAAGAAGAAAAAGAAAAGCCAAAGUGUGCUCCCCAGCUGUGCACUGCCGGCGAACAAAAUGGACAACCAAAUCAAAGCGUGCAUGUAACAGUUCAAAGAGGUGAUUCUCUUCCAAACCUUGAAAAGUGUUCUAACUGCAGCAAUAUUCACUGUCCAUUCUGCUCCACAAAAAUGUUCCGGCCCUCUAAAAAGUCAAGGAUUGUAGAACAUCUAAAGAAACACUUCAAUUAUUCAGUGAAAUUCGAAGGUUUCACCAUUCACCGUUGUCGUCGCACCUGUCGCACCGUGCCACACUAUCACUGUCCUUAUUGUAAGUCUUCAGUCCUGAGAACAAUGGACUUUAUGAGGCACUUGCAAGUGUGCAAAAGUAAAGAUGCAUCACUCAUUGCUGUUCAGUCCCCUUCAGCUGCUGAAGACAUGUCUAAGAUGGCCAAUGCCACACCAGUUUACAAAAACAUCACAUGGAAAAGGCCAAACUUGAAACAAAAGAAAAACACACAUCUCAAAUGCCCCAAAUGUCACUUAGUAUUUUAUAGGAAAAAUCUGAAAAAGCACAUAGAACGCAAACAUUCACUACAAGAGUUGGACAUUUCAGCUUUCUCUCAUUUGAAAAGUGAGUGUGUAGAUCCCCAGAAUGGAGUGUAUGCUGUUCACAAUAUUAUCCGUGGGGUUUCAAGGCCUCUCCAUGUCCAACUCAAAAUGCAGGGUGAAGUAGAGUGCUUUUCAUGUGAUUCUAGCUUGUGCCAAAGUAAACUUGAACUGGCACGGAGUGAAGUCAAGUCAUACAAAUGCAAACAUCUCCAGUCUGUUUCAAACUGCACGUCCUUCCCGUCCUCACCGGUGCUGCCACAAAGUAUACUUGCAGAAAUGGCAAGGAAAAAGUUGUUUGCAAAGAGUAAAAUAAAAGUGUGUACCGAUCGUCAAAUCCUAGCCAUGCAAAAUAAUGUGCCACUUUCUGUACAAUUGAUGAUGGGGAAUCCACCAUACAAGAAAUUUAUAUCAGUUUAUGAGCCCAAUAUCUCAGUUUACAGCCGACUGCGUAGAAUAAUUGUGUCAUGUAAUGAAGAAAAGAAUUUGUGGUACUGUCCUUGUUCCAGGACAAAGAGAACCUGUGUUCAUAAAUAUGUUGCAAAAUGGCACCUAUUCCAAACAGAUCGAAGUAUGUUUCAUAAUAAAGUGCAGACUCCUAGUAAACCACGAAAUAAAAAAACAAAAAUACCUAAAGCACAGUCAACUCAAACAGCAAAACUACUGUCAAAACAAAGGGCAGAAGCAGAUGUUGAAAGUGAUGAGGAUACGGCACUGGAAACCAUAGAAACAAUGGAAGCUAUAGAGCCCAUAGAUUCAAUGGUGGCUGCAAUGGAGACUAAUGUCACUUACCCACCAAAGGAUAUUCAAAUGAUCAGAAGCAUGGUACAAUACCUCCUGAUCAAUAAAAGGUUACCUGCACUUUUCCCUGAACAUCUCUCCGUGCCUGUGGAAAAGGACUACCCUCGACACCUGGCGCCCACUGAAACAAACUGCCUUUAUUGUACUGACGAGGUCAUCCUGAGUCAACCAGUCCUCAUCACACACAAAGCCAAAAUCCUCACAUACUCAAGGAUUCUUCAAGAUUUUUCUACCUACUAUAAAUUCUGUCCUCGCUGUGGAGUCCCAUAUCGAUAUCAGGAGUGGGGAGAUGGUCUGCAUAAUUUCAAUGACCAUUUACUUUUGGAUCUACCCCUUUGCCUCAUGAUCAGGAACACACUGCACGCCCACACCAGUUUUGGUCAAAUAGUGGAGUCUUUGAAGUCAAAUAGAGGUGCCUCGUUCCCGACAGCCGAUACUCUGCUCCGGGGGUAUCUCCAUUUUGAGGCCCUCACGGACAGUCAGAGUCAGUACUCCUGUGUCACCUAUGGCAACCGUCCACCUGUAGUGGUCAUGGAGCUCAACAGCAAGACAUUUCAUUUGUCAGGAAGGGACCUUGCUGAGCCAACAGCAGAUUUAAAUGGAGCGGGGGACAUGGACCACUUAUGGAAGGCAUUGAAAGAGGAAAGGAUCGCCCGUGGGCUGGUUUCUGGUACAAAGCAGCCUGUUUUAUACAAAAUAAUGUGAUCACGCAACUCUUAAUUAACUCUUAAUUU